AUGGCAAAGCUGGAAGAAGAGAAAGCCGAGUUUGCCGCAUACAAGAAAGAGGAGCAGGCCAAGUUGGAUGCUGACCGAAAGAGGUUUCAUGAAGAGUGCCGCUUGCUUUACAAGCAGUACGGGGUGGGAACGUCCGACGACAACUCGGUUGCAGCUGCAGCUGCGCAAGUCUCCACAUUUCCCGCGCCAGUAAAGCUCAAUGUGGGGGGCAAGACGUUCCAGACCACGAUGGUGACAUUGCAAGGCAGGCACGCCGGUGAGCAGCAUUCCAUGCUGGCCGCGAUGUUCAGUGGCCGACAUCCAAAUUGCUUAGAUGAGGGGAUCGUUUUCAUUGACAGGGACGGCGAUCAGUUUGCCCACCUUCUGGAAUACUUGAGGAGUCCGACGGGCAAGCUGGGAUACUUCGAGAAUCUGCGAGGCCAGUAUGUCCAAAGCCUGCGAGAGGGCAAGAGGAACCUGGAGUACGAGCAGAUGCUUGAUGAGGUGCGGUACUUUCAGCUUCAAGGCCUACUUGCAGUUCUCUUACCACCCACUGCUUCCUUUGCCAGUGCGUCGUCUUUGGGAAUCCUGCGUGCCCCGGAGAAUCCAACGGCAGCUGGCAACGUUGUUACCUGGACGUGGGAGCACCAGUCCGUGCUCUCAAAUCGUGAGCUCUAUGCUGUUGAGGCAGAUGGCGGCAUUCGGUUCCAUCAAGCAGGCACGUACCUCAUCAUGACCCAGGUGCCUGGAGUGAGUUCUGGCAACAAUGGCUAUGGUCAGCUUGUGCUUGACGGCACGGUGACCGACGAGUGCUGGCAUUGCAAUUCAAGCGGCUACCAGAACAUGCUCUACUUCAACCGGGUGAUGAAGAUCCCUGCAGGAGGACGAUUGCAGGUGCAGGGCAUCAGCUUGUCCCAUGCCUUCAAUAUGGGCCGGGUGCUGGCCACGUCCUUCUCGAUCGUGCCGCUUCAGUUUUCAUCACGCGCAAGCUUGCCGUUUGUCUCCUUGCGCUCCCUCGAGGGUGGUGCCAGCGGUGCGUUCUGGCGCUGGAAGCACAGCGGAGGAAGCGACGCCCUCGUCGAUUUGUCUGACGCCUCAAAGCUCACCUUCGUUGAUGAAGGCCUGUACCUCGUCUUGGCCAGGGUUCCGGGUGCCAGUUCAGGCAACUCCGGACAUCUUGAGUUGCUCUUGGAUGACACAGUCGUUGGGGAGUCCUGGGCUGGCGAUGCCAAUGGCUACACAAGGAUGUUGCACAUGAGCGAGGUGCUCGAGAUUCCAUCAGGCGCAAGCCUGCGCCUGAAGAACGUGAACUUGACCCAUGGCUACAACCUGGGUCGGCUCCAAGCCACAGACCUCAGUGUCGUGAGGCUGUGCACCUCCGGUGACCCAGUCAACCAUGGCCUGGCAGAUUCUCCAACCACCCUGAGGUAUGCCUGCUUUUCCUCAAGUGAAGGGUCCGGGAACGGAUUCUGGUCCUGGUCAUGCAAGAGAGGAACUCCCCAGUUCGCGCAGCUCACCGCUGAUGGAACCUCGGUCACCCUUCGAGAUGCAGGCACCUACUUGGUUAUGGCGAGGGUGCCAGGAUGCAGCUCAUCAAACAAUGGGUAUGUGCAGCUCAUGCUCGAUGGCGCCGCUGUCCAGGAGUCCUGGGCAAACGAUGCCAACGGAUACCAUGCCAUGCUCCAUUUCAACGAGGUGUUGAAGAUCGCUGCGAAGGGCACCUUGCAGCUGCAGAACGUAAACUUGUCGCACAGCUUCAACAUCGGUCGCGCCCUGGCCACCUCCUUGACCGUCAUUCUUCUCGCAGCCGAUGAGAGUUGA